AUGACCAGUCGCACCGAUUCUAACAGGCCCAACCUUCGGGUUACCAUUAUCGCCGCCGAUGGCCUAUACAAGAGGGAUGUUUUCCGCUUUCCUGACCCUUUCGCUGUUGCGACCAUCAAUGGGGAGCAAACCAAAACGACGACUGUCAGCAAAAGAACUCUAAACCCAUACUGGAACGAGAGCUUUGACUUUCGUACCAACGAAGAUGGCAUUCUUGCAGUUCAAGUUUUCGACCAAAAGAAGUUUAAGAAGAAGGACCAGGGUUUCCUAGGCGUCAUAAACAUUCGCGUUGGAGAUGUCAUCCCUGAGCUGAGCCCAGAUGCCGAUGACCAGAUGCUUACUCGAGACCUCAAAAAAUCAACCGAUAACCUCGUCGUCCACGGUAAACUUAUUAUUAACCUGUCCUGCAAUCUCAGUGCACCAGCCCGCGGUGGCCAGGCAUCGACCGCACGACCAUCUCUCGGCACCGGCCCGUCGAACGCUUCGAACCUCUCCGCCCCUCCGCCGGAAAACCGACCAGGAUCUUCACUUUCUGGACCAAAUGGCGCGGGCGGCUCGCAAGUUAACCUGGCCCAUCGUCCAUCCAGCAUCAACUCUGUUGGUGGUGCCAGCGCUCCAGGACCGAAUGCUUCCGGACAAACUCGACAAAGCAAUCAACUCAGCCCAUUCGAGGAUGCCCAGGGGCGACUACCGGCUGGCUGGGAGCGCCGAGAAGACAAUCUCGGCCGUACUUACUACGUUGAUCACAACACCCGCACAACGAGCUGGAAUCGACCCACUGCUUCUGGCGCCCAGGAACAGCGAAACGACCGAGAAGCAGCUACCCAGGUUGAGCGCCAGAGACAUCAGAACCGUACUUUGCCCGAAGAAAGAACCGGCUCCAAUUCACCGACGCUGCACGCCCAGCAGCCCCAGCCAUCAGCAUCACCAGCUACUAAUGGCGGCGCAGUGAUGCAUACUGGAGCGACGAGCCCUGGUACGGGAGAACUCCCACCUGGCUGGGAGCAACGGUGGACCCCAGAAGGUCGACCAUACUUUGUUGAUCACAAUACAAGAACAACGACCUGGGUAGAUCCACGUCGCCAACAAUAUAUCCGCAUGUAUGGCGGUCAGAAUAACGCGAACGGCCAGAUUCAGCAGCAACCCGUAUCACAACUUGGUCCUCUGCCCAGUGGUUGGGAGAUGCGCUUGACAAACACUGCUCGAGUAUACUUUGUUGAUCAUAACACCAAGACUACCACUUGGGACGAUCCUCGACUACCAUCGUCUCUUGACCAAAAUGUUCCUCAGUACAAGCGAGACUUCAGACGGAAGCUCAUCUACUUCCGCUCACAGCCAGCCAUGCGAAUUCUCAGUGGACAAUGCCACAUCAAGGUGCGACGAUCUCACAUCUUCGAGGACUCCUUUGCCGAGAUCACACGCCAGUCAGCAACGGAUUUGAAGAAACGACUUAUGAUCAAGUUCGAUGGCGAAGAUGGUUUGGAUUACGGUGGUCUCUCUCGAGAAUUCUUUUUCCUUCUCUCCCACGAAAUGUUCAACCCCUUCUAUUGCCUAUUCGAAUACUCCGCCCACGAUAAUUACACCCUUCAGAUUAACCCACAUUCCGGCAUCAACCCGGAGCAUCUCAACUAUUUCAAGUUCAUCGGCCGUGUUGUCGGCUUGGCUAUCUUCCACAGGCGAUUUUUGGACGCCUUCUUUAUUGGCGCUUUAUACAAGAUGAUGCUUGGCAAGGCGGUAGCUUUGGCCGAUAUGGAGGGUGUGGACGCCGAUUUCCACCGAUCAUUGCAGUGGAUGCUGGACAACGAUAUAUCAGGCGGGAUUCUUGAGCAGACUUUCUCGACCGAAGACGAGAGAUUUGGAGUGAUGACUACCGAGGAUCUCAUCCCUGAUGGCCGCAAUAUUGAUGUCACCAAUGAGAACAAGAAGGAAUACGUUGAUCUCAUGGUCAAGUGGCGCAUCGAGAAACGUAUCGCCGAGCAGUUCCAAGCUUUCAAGGAAGGGUUCCAAGAGCUUAUCCCUCAGGACCUUAUUAAUGUCUUCGAUGAGCGCGAGCUGGAGCUUUUGAUUGGAGGUAUUGCCGAAAUUGAUGUCGACGACUGGAAGAAGCACACCGAUUAUCGAGGAUAUACCGAAUCCGACGAGGUCGUGCAGAAUUUCUGGGCAACAGUACGCUCAUGGGAUGGCGAGCAGAAGUCCCGUUUACUCCAAUUUACUACAGGUACUUCUCGAAUCCCAGUCAAUGGCUUCAAGGAUCUCCAAGGUAGCGACGGCCCACGACGAUUUACAAUUGAGAAGGCUGGAGAAAUCACAAAUCUGCCAAAGGCGCACACAUGUUUCAAUCGACUUGACUUGCCCCCUUACAAGAGUCUAGAAAUGCUUCAACAAAAGCUUACCAUCGCGGUUGAGGAAACUAUGGGCUUUGGUCAAGAGUAG